AUGAAGUUCACCUCAGUCAUGGCUGUCGCCAGCCUUCUCUUCGCUGGCCUGGGCCUGGCCGCGCCUGCUGCUGCACCCGCUCCAGCGAUCAUCGAUGACAUCGCCGUGCGUGCGGAGAACGGCAAACGUGGAGGUGGCCACGUGAUCCACGUCGCUCCCGGUGACGGAUCAGACGACGCCGGCUCUUUCAUCCAGACGAAUGAGCACGACGCUGCUGUUGUGAAAGAUGUCGAGACACGGGAAGGGGGAGGGUAUCUCGACGGAAGUGAAGGCUGGCGGCGACACACAUUUACACUCUUUUGGACCGACAACGAAGCUACGGUCUGA